AUGUCCGCCUUCUCCACGCGAGUUACCUGCGCCCUCGAGGACUCGCUGGACCAGCUCCCCACCAAAUUUUGGGAGGUGGAGGAAGUGUCCACGCAGUUCCGCCACUCCAACCUAACUAUUCAAAUCCUAAAGUGCCAAUACUUCGUCUUUAAUGCCGACAUCGAGAAGAUAUACCGUCAGAUUUGGGUAGACCCCAAGCAUACUCCUCUCCAGCGCAUUCUGUUUUGCAAUUCCGAUGGGGAAAUCUGCGACUACGAACUAAAGGCGGUUAACUUUGGAGUCAAUUGUGCUUCAUUCCUGGCGAUACGGGUCCAACAACAGCUCGCCGAAGACGAAGAGUCGAGAUAUCCGCAGGCGAGUCAGAUUAUCCGAUAUUUUAUGUGCGUCGACGACGUGCUCGCUGGGGCAGACUUAAAGACUGAGGCGCACGCAGCUAUCCGAGAGCUCCAGGGGCCCUGA